AUGACCGCCAGCUUCUCCUCCUGUGCGCCCGACUCUGCUUUCAACUUCUACGCCACGUCGUCUACCGCAUUCACGUCUACAACUACAACCACGACCGAAGAAUCGUCUAUCACAACUGGAGAUUCAACUCCAACAACGAGAGAGCCAUCUACAACUACAAUGAAAGAAACAUUUACAACUACAACCACAGAAGUCCCAUUAUCAACUAUAACAAUGAGAGGACCAUCUACAACUACAACGAGAGAACUAUCUACAACUACAAUAACGAACGAACCAUCUAAAACUACAACAACGAACGAACCAUCUACAACUACAACCACUGAAGAACCAGCUACAACUACAACGAGAAAGCCAUCUACAACUACAACAAAGAAAGAACCAUCUACAACUACAACGAGAGAACCAUCUACAACUACAACAACGAAAGAACCAUCUACAACUACAACGAAAGAACCAUCUACAACAACGAGAGAACCAUCUACAACUACAACAACGAAAGAACCAUCUACAACUACAACGAAAGAACCAUCUACAACUACAACAACGAAAGAACCAUCUACAACUACAACAACGAAAGAAUCAUCUACAACUACAACGAAAGAACCAUCUACAACUACAACAACGAAAGAACCAUCUACAACUACAACAACGAACGAACCAUCUACAACUACAACGAAAGAACCAUCUACAACAACGAGAGAACCAUCUACAACUACAACAACAGAAGAGCCAUCUACAACUACAACGAAAGAACCAUCUACAACAACGAGAGAACCAUCUACAACUACAACAACAGAAGAGCCAUCUACAACUACAACAACGAAAGAACCAUCUACAACUACAACAACGAAAGAACUAUCUACAACUACAACGAAAGAACCAUCUACAACUACAUCAACGGAAGAACCAUCUACAACUACAACGAAAACAACGAAAGAACCAUCUACAACUACAACAACGAAAGAACCAUCUACAACUACAACGAAAGAACCAUCUACAACUACAACAACGAAAGCACCAUCUACAACUACAAAACAACAACGACCACAACCACUUUUUCCACAUCUACAACAGCAGCAGGUAAUUUUCUCCGUUCCUUCGGCAUCUCAUUUCUACCAAUAUACAAAAAUAUUUGGGUUCUCUUUUAACACAGAGAGUAAUUGUCUAAGCGAAAAUGGCAAGGCAGCAUACGGGAUUAAUUUACAAGAAAACCACAAGCUCGUCUAUCAGACAUACUUCCGAACCCUGGAGCUGAGAGAAAUCACUCAGGUGUUAGCUGUAGGAGACAAUUGUACGGUUAACCACGUCAUAUCAACCACGUGUAUCGAAGACAGAAGAUUUAUGUGUGCGGAGGUUGCAGCCAGCAAGUAUGUCACCGACCUCUGUCGUGCUGUCAUAGAUACAAAUAAAAUCUGGAUGUGUAAUAUGGAUGAGUAUAUAACUGGGAUGAGUGUGGGGAACUCUGCACAUAUAAACGGGAUUUAUUGCUGUGUCGUGUCUGAUUAA